CGCCUUCUAGGCUCACUCUUCCGAAGUCCGGGCCUUAAGUCCCCCGCGCGGGCGCGGGUGGAUCUCUCGGGCUCCGAGAUCUUCUCAGGUCACACUCGGGUUUCCCUUAAGAAACUCGACGCCUCUUUCCCCUCACGCCGCCAGGACCGGGCUGGGCUGACUACAUUGCCCAGGAGGCUUCGCGAACAGGCGGUUCACGGGGCGGUGCCGACUACAUUUCCCAGACAGCUUUGCGGCGGCCCGGCCCGGGGAAGGGAGCAUUUCCCAGACGCCCUUCGCAGCCUUUCUACGGCGUCUCAGGGCCGUAACGAGACUCCGAAUCCCGGAGGCCUUUGCGGCCGAGAAGAAAGACUACAUCUCCCAAAGGCCUCUGCGCCGUCGCGACCGGAAGCGGCGGGCGAGUCUAGUGUCCUUGCGCGCGGAGCCGAGCGACCAUGGUGGCCCGGGUGUGGUCGCUGAUGAGGUUCCUCAUCAAGGGCAGCGUGGCUGGGGGUGCCGUCUACCUGGUGUACGAUCAGGAGCUUCUGGGGCCCAGCGACAAGAGCGAGGCAGCCCUGCGGAAGGCCGGGGAGGUGGUCCCCCCGGCCAUGUACCAGUUGAGCCAGUACGUGUGUGACCAGACAGGCCUGCAAAUACCCAAGCUCCCAGCCCCUCCAAAGAUUCACUUCCCCAUCCGGGACUCCUGGAAUUCAGGUGUCAUCACAGUGAUUUCGGCUCUGUCAGUGGCCCCCUCCAAGGCCUGCGAGUACUCCAAGGAGGGCUGGGAAUACGUGAAGGCGCGUACCAAGUAGUGAGUCAGCAGAGGCUGCCUGCCUCGGGUCAGAACAGGCAGGGACACCACCGACCUGAAGAUUCCAGACUGGGACCCCCACUCCAAGGGCAGCUCCUGGCCUUGCCGGCCCAAUAAAGGACUUCGGAAGUGUUC